GAGCCGCGCCCGGCUCCGCUCAGCAGCCCAGCGGCUGCCCGGCCGCGCCACGCCGCCGGCGCGGGGCCGCCGCGGCCCCAGCGGCGGCAGCCUGCAGCAUGCGCCCGCGCGCAACGGCGGCCGCCGGUUCGUGCCUGGCGAGCGCCCCAGCCGCCUCCGCGAGCCGAGCCGUGGCCUCGCGGAAGCUGAGGCGAGCUCGAGGGCGGCCUCGUCGCCGCUCUCCGCGGAGUCCGUGCCAGCGCCAGCGCCGGCCGCCCUCCCCCGCGGCGGGGAGGCGUUCGCGGGCGGCGUGGCGGCGCGCGCCGCCGCUGCGCCGCCGGCGCCGGCCACCGCCUCCUCGCCCAGGCGCCCGGCGCCGCCUGCGCCAGCCGCAGCCCGGCGGGUGGCCUCCCGGGCCAAGCGCUGCCGGCCGCGGCCCGUGGCUGCGGCGGCUGGCGUCCAGGCCGCCUCGGCGCGGCUCUCCGGGGCGGGCAGGAAGCCCUCCGAGCCGCCCUCGCCAGCAGCGGGGCCGAGGGCCGCCGGCAGCGCCGGGGGCGCUCGCCGCGCCCGCGCCCUCGGGGGCGGCAACCGCGUCCGCGGCGCCGCGGCCAUGUCUCGCGUGCCAGAAUCACAGCACAAGAAUGGAGAUUUUAUACUGUACUCGAAGAUGAAGUUCGGACGGGCCCCUUUGUGGAGAGAGGCCAAACCACUAGCCCACGUUGUCUCGUGUAUCCUUGAGCGCAGCGGUGGGUUGAAUGUCACGCAGACAUCGCUGCAGCGCGGCAUCCAGAAGUAUGCGACAGAGAAUGAUAUGAAGCUGACCGACGCCGUCAUCGAGAAGGCAGCUUACAAGCUGCGCGCGCUGAUCAGCCAACUCCAUUUCCAGAAAAGUAAGACUAGGCCGAUUCCGACAGGCUAUGCAGAAUCUUUCUCGUCGGUGCUCGACAUGAUCACCCUGCAGGAGGACGAGGCCCGCGCCGACGAGGACAUUGUCGUGAUGUCGCCCGUGAAGGCUGUCACCGACAUCGUCGAGAUCUGGGACUCAGAUGACGAUGGUGAGUUCGACGCAGACGAGCUCCUGACCAGUGCCGACCCCGACCUUCUGAAGCUCCUCCAGGCGGGGGACCCAGCAGAAGAUGCUCAACCACUUACGGCCCCCGAACCACAAGUGCCAGCCUCGUCUCCGUUGGCGUCGGCGGAGAUCCAAGCUCUCGCGCUGGCGCCGUUCACUCCACCGAGCGACCGCGACUGGAGGGCUCUCAACAAGCAGAAGGCGGCGGCUGCGGCGAAGCCCAAGGCCAAGGCCGCGACCAAGAAGAAGGGCAAGGGCGGCAAGCACAGCACGAAGGGCAAGAAGAAGGCUGCUGCUCUGAAGAGGCCAGCAGCUGCCAGCGCGUCUUUGGAGAGCAUGACCGAUGCAGAGUUCAAAGCACACAAGAAGCGCGAGCACAGCAAAAUAUGGCACCACACUCGCGACGCGAAGGUCGCAGAGGGCAUGUCUGACGGUGAUGCGAAGAAAGCUGCCUCGGCGGCUGGGACGGCAAAAACGGCUGAGAGGGAUCGGGCCCGCGCUGAGGCCCUCAAGGCCCUCGAGGACAACGGCGGCGGCGGCUCCGAUGACUGGGACGAGAUCGAGGUCUCUGCCAUUGCCGAAAAGUUCGUCUCGAUGAACCUUGUGAUCGCCAGUUGGUCCACUUUCGAAGCCCUGAAGUCGAAGUGCGCUCGCUCGCUGGCCGCCGCCGCUGAGGACCUCACCCUGCAGAUUGCGACUGCCUACAGCUCUCUAGAGAUGGAGAAAGCCCACUCUGCGGAGCCUGAGCGCAGCUUCUCACUCAAGCACUUCGUGGAGCGCACGCUCCAGCCCCUCGAAGAGAAGUUUGCUGAGCUCAAGGCAACAAUCGACGCCGUCAAUGAGCCUGAUGAGGAACCGCCGAAGAAAAUUCUGAAGCGGUCGGCCUCCGAUGCGUGUUCAGGUCUGAUCACUUCAGGCCCACCUGCAGAGCCCAUCUUCGCCAUGCCGCCCAAGAAGAGGGUCUUGGAGGUGCCAUGCGUCACCCCCGCUGAGCGCCAGAAGGCCGUGAAAACUUUGGAGGGCGCUGCCGAGGCGAAGCGCCAACGCUCGAACAUGACAGCCUUCCUGGAGAAGAAUGGCACCAAGGGCGUGUACGACAACUGGCCGAUCUCGAAACGCAGAGAGUUCUUUGAGUGUUAUUUUGCUCAGAAGCUUGCCGAGGGAACUGGCAAGGAGUCGACGACGAGGAGGACUUCGAUGUCCAAGCUGAAGCGCGCCGAAGUGAACUGGUGGUCCCUCUCCAAGAUGAUCACCGAGUUCGGGGAGGCAAAAGCAAAAGAAAAAGCCAGAGUAUUGGAUGCAAUCCCAGGUCGCCAUCGGCCUGAUCCAGACACAAAGCUGGACGACAUGUGGAACAGGGAGUACAGGGUCACCCUCGACUCGGAGCGCGACGAUGACGCCACGGUCGACGAGAGCAACAUUCAGACAACGUUCGAGUUGGUAUCCGAGGAGCAGAAGAAGGAAGCCGCGGACAGGUUCGCGGACAUGGCAUCCUGCAUUUCUGGGUCGCCAUGCUCGGCCAACGUCGCCAUCAAGAAGGAACCUGGCACUGAGGGCGCUCAGAGCAAGGACGCUGCAGACAAAGCGACCUCGCCACAUGCUGCAACCUUGGAGGCCAUGAAGAAGGAUCCCAAGAAGGUCGCAGUCAACGUGAGCAAGGUGCUGGUCACUGCGAAGGAGGUCUUCGUCGACACGAAGGGCAAGAAAUUCAUGGGGGAGCUGCGCGAUGAAUCGGCCAAGGUCGUUUCGGAGCUGACUGCCACCUACAAGAAGAUCGAGAAGGCAAUCGUCGACAAGGCGUCUGACGAUCCGACUUUGCUUGCCGUGUCAACGAACCUCGACAGCGCCUUCGAUCACUUCAACGAGAUGGUGGGGUGGUACCAGAAGCUGGUACCUAAGAGCUCUGCGAAGAAGGGAAAGUCAGGACGCACUCUCUGCGGUGGACGCACGUUUGCGUGCAUUCAGAUGCGAGCUGGCGCGCGCGCCGCCUCGCCGCUCAGCUCGCCGCGGGCCGCCUCCCCGCCGGGGGAAGCGCUCGCCGCGGCGCCGCGUGAGCUAGCCGCGCCCGGGGCGGCUGCAGCCGAGCCUGUUGCUGGUGAGGCAGCGGCCGGCUGCCCCGCGCUGGGUCCUGCAGGCUCCGCGGCGUCGCCGUGGCCCGCUUCGUCGGCGUCCGCCCAGGCUCGCGCCGAGCCGAGCUUGGUGACGGCCCAGACGUCCAGGGCGUCGUACGCCGCCUGGAGGUCGGCGCCAUCGCUGUCAGCGCCGUCCGAGCUCGGCGGCUCGCUGGCCUGGUCUGGGGGGGCGUUGUGGCGCCAGCCCGCCGCCCUCAGAGUUCCUCCGCGCCGGCCGGGGGCGCCGCGCCCUGGGGUGGAGCGCCCGCCGCCCCCUGAGCCCUCGGAGCUGGUGCCGCUGGCUCCGCUGCCGCUGCCGGCGGCGCUGCGGCUGCCACCCGCGCCUGCGCGGGAGCCCCUG